AUGGCACUAGCCACGACGAUCUACAAAGGACGUCAGGCACCUAUUGACGAGCAGAGGCUCAUGCAAAAUGUCUUCAAGAUACCAACCAAAUCAACAAGACCAGAUCUAAAACCCUCUCAAGCCGCAAGAACGGUGGUCCCUGCACGAAAAUCCCAUAGGAAAUCGAGAACUGGGUGUAAAACAUGCAAGCAGAGACGAAUCAAGUGCGACGAGAAUAAAGAUGGUGGAUGUUUGAAAUGCCAGAGCCACGGGAUCGAGUGCGACUACAACAGCUAUCGAUUCCCACACCAUGGCAAGACCAUCCUGCCCAAGCAUGAGCCCAUAAAUCCACCUUCAACCCUUCUGCAAAGCUCAAAAGUCGGCGCCAUCGUCAACAGAGAGGGCACGAGGCUCUUGAGCCCACUGAAUGUUGUGCUUGUCUCGCCAGUCCAACGCAUGAUUGAGCUACCAAAUCAGAUGACGCCUAUUUUACAAACUCUCCACCACUUCGACACCGUCACUUAUCUCUCUAUGGGAUCAGAAUUGGCGCAGCAGGUCAUCCGGUUGUGUUUGCGUAGGACCGCCAUGGAGAAAGCAUACCUGUUGCACGCAGUCAACGGGGUCUCCGCGGCACAUCUCUGCCAUCUUCUUCCGGCAGCCCAAUAUCCCAAGCCGCAUCGUCAAAGCAAACUUGCUGCAGCAUAUCACUGGAGAGAGGCAUUGAGGUUAUUCCGUGAAGAACUGAACGGUGGUGGCAUGAAGGAGAAUGUGGACACUCUCAUCUCCACUGUGAUGCUAAUAUGCGUCCAUCAGUACAUGUUGAAUGACUCAACCCCGGAUCCGGCCCAAAGUUUUGUCUACACUUCUUCGGACAAGCGAGAAGGGUGCCUACAAUGGCUGGCCAUCCACCAGGGCUUCCACGUAAUAUGGAAUGAGCUGGGGGACCUUGUCUGGCAGUCAAUAUGGUGCCCAGUCUUAAAAGAUGCGGACUUCAAGUAUAUCGCACCACCGUUUCCAGAUUUCCACAGAAAGGACAAGGUUUACACGUUGUUCCUCGAGUUUUGCGAUAUCAGCGAGCAGUCGACAGCCCGAGACAAUCCUUACUAUAUUCCACUGGAAUAUCUGCUCUUCUUUCGCCAGCUGGAACCCUGCAUCAACAACUUCACAAAGCUGGUCACCUUUGUAGGACACAUGGGUGACCGAUUUCAGAAGCUCUUGCUCAAACGAGAAAGGCGGGCAUUGCUUAUCCUGGCUCACUGGCUGGCAAUGAUGAGCGAACUCCAACAAUGGUGGAUCAGUGGAAGGAGCAGGGCUGAAUGUUGUGCUAUUGUUACAUUUCUGUUGCACGACCGAGAUGAGAGGGUCAAACAAUUACUGGCAUAUCCGGCGAGAACCGUAGGAAUAGUGCUGUUGUAG